AGAAAGGAUGUGCUGUCAAAUUUAAGGCCAACACCCCGCAAGUAUAACUUGUGAUCCGUCAAAACACAUUGUGUGCGUUUUUUAAAAAAUUUUUUUUUUAGUUUUUUAUUGAAGAGAACCCGCAGAACCAGAAAGUAUUAAGAAUUGUGAUUGAGUUCCUCAUUUUAGUGCAGAAAUAGAAAAUGUGCUCCUAGUGAGCCUGCAUGCCCAGGGCUGUUAGACAGCUGAUUCUGUCUCUCCCUCUCUACUCCUUUGGCUAUUUAUGGCAGAUUCCCCUCUCACUGUGUUCCUCUCUUAGGCCCAUACAUGGAGCCUGCUGGGUUAGCUUAACUCUCCUGCCUCUCACUCUUGCCUGUUACCGCCUCAGUCCCUUGGUAGUAGUUUGAUGUGUCAUUCUGGAACUCCAAUACUGUUCGCUGAGAGAGAAAUUCAGAAACUUCCCACCUGCAGCUUUUGCCACCUCGAUAGGUACUCUUCACCUGCAUCGUGCCAAUCUGAAAAACUUAAAUACGGAAUAUUUCUGAAGCUCCCCUGGAAUAAUAUUUUCUACAGACUUCUUUUCUGUUAGUCUGCUACUUAAUAUUUCUAAUUAUCGAUCACUGAACUCUGUGUAAUGAGGUAAAUUUGCCAGAGUCGGUGUGCUGGACUGACAGGAAGAGUGGUUAUCUUGGACCUUACACCGGAGCCUGUACAUCAACACAGUUUUACAAGAGACUUUUCCAGUGAAUACAAAAACACACAUACUGUCACGGAUAUCAACGACAAAAUCCUUGCUGUGCUGCCCAAAGUUUCAGAGUUACGAAAGCAUUUUGAAACGGAUAUCACAAGUGAUAAUAAAAUGAAAAGAAAAGAGAGGAUUGCACGAAGGCUGGAGGGUAUAGAAACAGAUGUGCCAUCUGCCCUGGCUACAAGCAUGCAAUACACACCUGGCUUGGUGACCAAUCGGCUACUGGAGGAGGACACACCACGGUAUACACGUGCUUCAGACUCUAAUGAGCCAGUGAGGUGCUACAGUCGUGAUGAGUUGGAUAACACAGAGAGGCAAUCAAGGACACAAACGCGGCCCAAUCCGCAAUUUCCUGUGCAUCCUGAUCAGGCUUCCAACCCUGAAAGCCAAGACCUGACCAGCCUCAGCUCCAAAGCUGAACGAAUAGCUCGCUACAAAGCCGAACGCCGGCGGCAGUUAUCAGAACGUUAUGGGAUACUCCUUGACCAGGAGCCAGAUAUAGAUUAUACACCACGACACACACGAGCCUGCAGAGGGUCACUGGACAAACAAGCUUUGCCUGAUGGAGGGCAUGGUCAGAAACGAGAACAGUGGAGAGAGGAAGAGGAGUGUGACAGUAACGCCAACAGGUUAAGAUAUAGCAGCUCAGGUGUGGGCCGGGUUUCCAUGCCCACUGAUGAUUCUGCCUCUCGCUCACACCGGGAAAGACGAAACACUUUCAGUUCUCGCGACAAGAGGUUGGAUCCCGAGCAAGAGAGCAAAAGGGUCAACCUGAAGAACUACCAGAGAAUACAAGACAGCAGUCCGCGAUCAUGCCCACAAGAAGCUCCACCCACUGUGGAAAAAGGGCCAGCCCAACAGGUCAGAGGUGUUGCUGCAGUGCCUAGCUCCCCCCGGGCAGCACGCCGUGCCUCGUUGCCCUCCACACGCCAUGGAAUCUCCCCAGGAGACCUGUUCAUUGAGCAGCAGUCACAAUACAUCCUCAGUCGACAGGGAAUACGAGGGCGAGAGAGACGGGCAAGGGAAGAGAGCUUAGGACGGGCAUCUGAUUCAGGAUCAGAUGCAUCCUCGGUUCGACGUUUCCCUGUCGAUACUUCAUCACAUUUAGCCCCUCACUCUGAAUCUACAUUCCACCUACAAACAUGGACUGCACAGCCCCUAGGCCAACAGCAGAAUUUGAAUACAGAAUCUUCGCAUUACUAUCGAGCACACAGUGCCGAACCACCACGCGCACAGAGUACAGAAUCAACUCACCAUCAGUGUUUACUCUCAGCUGAACCUCAGUGUGCACCAAAUGUAGAGCCUCUAAACUGUGAUCAGAGGCUUCAGGGGCAUCCAAAAACUUUGAGUUGCCAGCCGGAUUAUGCACAACUUUCACUCUAUUACAGGGACGUCCAACAGCCGAAUCAAAUAUGUAGAAUUCCCCCACAGACUCAUUCUACAGACGGAGAUUGUCAUCAAUUGUAUCCUGAGACUAGAAAUGCCCAACAACCUGAAUUAAAAUGUAUACACACCCAUCAACCAAUGCUUGUGGGCAAUGCUUCUCACCACCAACCUCUGCUAUGUAAGGUUGGACAUGCGUCUCCAUCAUUUGGACAGACUCGGCAAAUUGUUUCUGGACACAGUCAUGGGCAGCCUCUACCUUAUGGUCCCACUGAAGAUCUGCAUCCUGUCUACGGCCAUACUCCACACCAUGGUCCUUCCUACUGGCCUAGCCAGCAACCUGCUCCAUUGAAUGGAAAUAUUGCAGGUUCUUCACCCAGGCCUACUAAAAAACAUGGGCCUCCAGAUCCUCAGGGCAAUGCAGACAUGCCUAGGUUGACACCAAUUGGUAGGGAGGGUGUAGAAUCCAGGCGAAGAGCCAGUGCUGAUCAUAUUCCACUUUUCCAAAGAGAUGGUAGAUCAGCUUCUAGGGCUGAUCCACCAUCAGAAUGCUUGCUGAAGAGCAGAAAAGCUGUGUUGCCUUCUGAAAUCCGCCGCCGGGAGAGAAGUGUAGAUGACCCCAUGCAGAGACACACUGAAGAAGUUUUGGAGGGUAGGAGAAGCAGGAGAAUCAGCCAAUCAGAAGAGAUUGAGCGAGUAGGUGGAGUGAGUGUUAGCCAGUUAAAUGAGGGGGCAGAUAAAGGCAGAAGCAGGGCUGUUAGCAACUUUGAGAUGAAAGAAGGGCAUGAUGAAAAAAGAGUCAGCCCAUUAGGGGAGGAAGGAAGUAAAGAAGAUACCGGGACCAGCUAUGUUCAGAACAGAGCAGGCCAAGGUGAUGGGAAAGUUAGUGAGCCUCAAGAAAGAGCCAGACUGGGCAGCAAAAAGAGAAUUCAAGGAGAAAGUGUUGGGUGUGAAAAGAUAGAAGGGAAAGAGAGGUGGGAUGAUGGUCAAAUAAGCAGGUUAGGUCAAGUUCAGCAUCAUGGUGAAGGACAAUUGUAUGGGAUUAUAGAGAAGUCCGUGGAACAGUUACAGAACUUUAAACACAUUGAAGAUCCAUCAAGGCGGGUUGAAAAUUGGGUCAGCAGAUCAGAUGUUCCACAAGGCCUUGACAAAAGGCUUUCUCAUUUUGAGAUAAAAGAUGGACAAAGUGGAGGGAGAAUUGCAUUGUUUGAUAUGGUGGACCUGAACAAAAACAGGAACUCAAAGGUUGAUGUAGAAAAUGGUGAAGGUCAAAAGAGGAUCCAGAAAGAUAUGUUAGAAUUGCAAUGCAGACAAAGGAGGAUCAGCCACUCAGAGGAAGGUGAGGAACAUCUCGGACACAGAAGGCUAAGUCAAUCUGAAGAUGAUUGGAAAGGACGUAGGGUGCGUAGGAUCAGCCAGUCAGGUAAUUGGGAUGGCCAAGAUCAAAUUGGGCAAGCAGGUGGUCAAAUGGAAGGAGAUGGACAUAAGAAGAAAAAUCGGGACAUGCCAGAAGCUAUGGAUACCACACCAACACAACAGGAGGGCAAUGACCCAUCUUUGCACCAUAGACUGGAUGAAGUAGGCAGUUACUUACAGAGUGGUUCUUCCCUCCCUCAGGCCCGCCACAGAAGAAGCAGGGAUGAAGUCAAGCCAAAAAUUCGGACUCGCUCUAUGUCAGAUAUUGGAGUGUCUCAGCGUUCUGCAGCAAUUCGUUGUCUUGAGCGUGCUGCAAGUCGAGAAUCUAUAAUGGCAGCAGGGAUGGGACAGAAUGCCAGGGACACAGGAACCACCAAUGGUGAAGUAGGGGCUUUGGAUACAAGAGUUUCUGUGGCAAAACUCAGGCAUUCCUAUCUGGAGAAUGCCUCAGGACGCAGGCCUGAAUUAAGUGAGUCUAAGAUAGACACAGCUGCUAUAGAGGCUGAUCCAGCGGAGGUUGUUGACCAAGAAAAGGGGCAACGCCGACCUAGACGGUAUAUCAACCCUGGUGAUGAUCGCAAGGCCUCUGAAAGGUUCAGAACUCAGCCAGUCACAUCAGCUGAAAGGCUACAGUCUGAUAGGUCUCUGGAGCUACAUAAGGCAGAAGUGGAUGACGAGAAGUUAGACGAGCGAGCAAAGAUGAGUGUAGCAGCCAAGAGGUCCCUCUUCAGGGAGCUUGAGAAGACUGCAGAAAGUGGUGUUCCCAAACCUCGGUCCCGUAAUGUAGCAGUGGAGCGGAGACUCAGGCGCACGCAGGACCGCUCCAGAACCCAGCCUGUUACCACAGAGGAAGUGGUCAUCGCUACAUCUUCUCCUGGUCCCCCAACCCAAAUCGCCACUGUUCAAACCACAACCCCCAGGUUUCCCAGUCCCACAGUAGUCAGCACCACAAUGACUAACUUCAGCAUGCAGACUCCCUCAGCCCCCGACUCUGCUCUAAAGGAGAAGGAACAGGAGGUGCCACCUGGAGAAGUGGGGACUGAGGAGCCUGACCUGUCAACACUGAGCCUGGUAGAAAAAAUGGCUCUGUUUAACCGCCUGUCCCAUCCUCCUGCCCAAAAUGCAGAGGGUGCAUGUGCAGAUUCGCGCCCACGCAGGCGAAAUGCCCGGUUCCAAACCCAGCCCAUCACCCAAGGGGAAGUAAAUCAGCUGCAGAAUGGAGGUCUGAAGUUGGAGCCUCUCUCUGCAUCGUUGGUCCGUUCUGUUGCUGCGGUCACCGCCCAGGCUUCUGUUGCCAUGGUGACAAGCCUAUCCAUGGCGAUCCCUGCAGAUGCUCACACAGAGACAUGCCCAGCCCUUUCUCACACUCCUACUCCAGCAGCACCGCCCAAUCUACUUUCGCCCAAUCAGUCACCACACGAUAAUCUUCGAGCUUAUGAGAGAGGUGUUCGAUAUUUCAGCCUGACGGAGAGUGGGGAAAACUGCGCCCCUGAAACAUGCUCUCCGCCCCCACCAGAGGGGCCGAUCCAACCAGCACAAGGCAAGGGCUUGGCUGUUAGGGUAUCAGCCAAUGAGCAGAAACAAGAGGAGGUCCAUGGGUGUACACUUGGUUUGGCAGAAAGCGGAGAUCCCAAGCCCCCUCAUGUGUUUAAUCAGCUUGCACAUACACACACUACUACACACACACUCUUGCACACUCAUGGAGAGAGGGAGGCGGGGCUGAUCAGCCAGAAGGAAAGAGAGCAAGAGAGAGAGCAUGACCGAGUGAGGCAGCAAGACUGGGAGAGAGAGAAAGACAAGAUCCAUGUCUCACAAGGUUACCUCUCGCCAGACGCUGUUCAGACAGAGCACAGCACAGUUGUUGCCUCAGGUGCUCCUGAGACUGUUCCCUCAGUGUGUUCCGUGAGCACUGCAGUUGCUUCCUUCCAAACCUCUUCAUGCACAUCGACUGCUGCUUCGCACACACUCACAUACCUGCAACACAGUCCUCCUUGCACUCCGCCUAAACCCCAGCCGAAGACAGUUCAGCCACACUUCCAAAGCUCUUCUCACAGUUCCCCUCAAACCUCACCUCAGACUCCUUCAAAACCCCCGUCAUACCUCCAGUCUCCUCCACCACCAGAAACACAAAUCUACCCAGAAUCCCCUGGACAAUUACAAACCAAAGUAUCCCCUCAAAGUAUCAACCCCACUCAGUCUUAUUCCUACACCACUCCACAGACUAAGGUCCCACCUCAGACGCAACCUAAGCCCCAGUACAUCGUACCGAAUCAAUCCCAGUCUUCUCCUGUGGCCCACGAAGAACCGGAGACAAUGACGUCAAUGUCCAUUAAGGAGAGGUUAGCCUUGUUAAAAAAGAGUGGGGAGGAAGAUUGGAAGAACAGGAUGAACAAGAAGCAAGAAGUUGUGCAUGAAGUGGCAUCAAUGAGCAACCAAAUAUGGGAGGAACAAGGCUUUAAGAAGAAGGAAGAAAGGGCUGUUAUUGAGGAGUUUGCCUCAUCUGAGCAGGUUUGGAGGCUGGGAGAAGGAGUAGAGGGACAGAUGUCCAUUGAAGAACGGAAGCAGAUGAUCUCUACACGAGAGGAGGCAUGGCAAAGCACUGGAAAGGGUGUGGCAAAUGACUCUGGCCAGUACACUGUGGCUGCUCGGAUGGUGAAGAAAGGUCUGGCUGCUUCUUCUGCAGUGAUCAGUCCCAUUCUGUCUCCAGUCUCUGCAAAGCUAAAGAAUGGUGUUCCAGCUAUCUCCAAACCACAGGAGGAGAUUGAGGUCAAUGUAGAUAUGGAAUCUGACAAGAAACUGGAUAAGCUGGAGACGUUUUUGGGACGUUUGAACAGUAAAGUGACUAGUUUGCAGGAGACAACUCUGACGGUGACUGAGAAGGCUGUGAAAGAAGUAAUGAGACUGGACGAUGAAAUUUUCUCAAAGUUCUAUCGACGUGUGGCAGACAUCCCACGCAGCAUGCCAAUUGAUGAUGACUUUGAUGCCAUAUUUGGAAAACAUACACCAAAGCUGGCAUCAGCAAUGGUGCACCACAAGAGGGCAAUACGUCCUUCACGUAACGUUCAGGCGUCACGUAACCCACUGAAGAUUCUGGCAGCGCGAGAGGACAUCAGACAUGAGUACACUGAACAGAGACUCAACAUCGGUAUUCUGGAAAGCAAGAGGAUUAAACAGGAGAAAAUGAGUAAGAGCUCCAGUAUAUCAGAUGCUGCUCUGGCUGGUUUGGCUAGCAAGGAGAACUAUAGCAGUGUGAGUUUACGCAGCGUCAGCAUGUCUGAGCAGGUGACCAACAACAGUGCUGCUCCCUACAAAAAUCUCAUGCUCGUGCAAGUCAAAGGUCGCAGACAUGUCCAGACAAGACUAGUGGAGCCGAGGGUCUCGUCUUUGAACAGUGGUGACUGUUUUCUACUGGUUACGCCUGAGCACUGCUUCGUUUGGAUAGGAGAGUUUGCAAAUGUCAUAGAGAGAGCAAAGGCAUCAGAGCUGGCCACUUUUAUCCAGCUGAACCAUGACCUUGGUUGCCGGGCGAUGCAAGUGGAGACCAUUGAGGAAGGGUUGAAGUUUGAAAACCCUGCUGCAGCUGAGUUUUGGAAAAUUCUAGGAGGACCAGCCAACUACCAGCCGGCUGGUACCCCAGAAGAGGACGAGGUUUUUGAGAGCGCGAUCAUAGAAACUAAUUGCAUCUUUCGUCUGGUGGAUGAUAAACUGCUUCCUGAUGAUGAUUUCUGGGGCAGAGUUCCUCGUUGCUCACUCCUGGGAUCCAAAGAGGUGCUGGUAUUUGAUUUUGGCAGUGAGGUGUAUGUGUGGCAUGGUAAAGAAGUCACUCUGGCACAGAGAAAGGUGGCCUUCCAGCUGGCCAAGCACCUGUGGAACGGCAUCUUUGACUACACGAACUGUGACAUCAACCCACUCGACCCAGGAGGAUGCAAUUCACUCAUACCCAGAAAAGGCCAAGGCCGUCCAGACUGGGCGAUAUUCGGCAGAUUGACUGAACACAAUGAGACAUCUUUGUUCAGAGAGAAGUUUCUGGACUGGAGAGAGACAGCUGACUCGCUACAGAAGAGCGGCAGUGAACAUUCCUUCGAGCAGAAGCUCUCUCAGGGUACACCCUCUCGCUUGGAGUGCGCUGCAUAUGAUGUGGGGCUGAUGCUCCUGGUGCUCCAGUCCCCCAUCAGCAUGGUUCUGGAAGGGCAGGAUGUUGGUCGUGGUCAUGGCCCCGUGGAGAGCGGAUGUUCUGAGGACCGCUUGCGCUCUCUGGAGAUUAGCACACUGAGUGUGGAUGUCUGGCACAUCCUGGAAUUCGAUUACAGCCGCCUGCCGAAGCAGAGCAUUGGCCAGUUUCAUGACGGAGAUGCCUAUGUAGUGAAAUGGAAGUAUAUGGUGAGCGCAGCAGUGGGCAACAGACAGAAACCAGAACAGGUUCGCAGUGCUGGUCCAGGGCGAGAGAAGUGCUGCUAUUUUUUCUGGCAAGGCAGGAACUCUACAGUCAGUGAAAAAGGAACCUCUGCAUUGAUGACCAUUGAGCUGGAUGAGGAGAGAGGGGCACAGGUGCAGGUGCAGCAGGGGAAAGAGCCGCCAUGCUUCCUGCAGUGUUUCAAUGGGGGCAUGAUCGUGCAUUGUGGGAAGCGGGAAGAAGAAGAAGAGAACAUUCAGAGUGAAUGGCGUUUGUACUGCGUUCGUGGUGAGGUGCCAGUAGAGGGCCAUCUGCUGGAGGUAGAGUGUCACUGCAGUAGUCUGCGCUCUCGAACCUCCAUGAUUCUGCUCAACAUUAACAAAGCCCUCAUCUACCUGUGGCAUGGCUGUAAGACACAAACACACACCCGUGAGGUGGCAAGCACCGCUGCCGACAAGAUCAAAGAACAGCGACCACUGGAGGCAGGUCUACACAGCAGUUGCAAUGUGACUAUCCAUGAGUGUGAAGAAGGGGCGGAGCCCAUGGAAUUCUGGGAGGCCUUAGGCAGGAAGGAUCGAAAGGCUUAUGACUGCAUGCUUCAAGAUCCAGGAAAGUUUAACUUCACCCCACGUCUCUUCCAGUUAAGUAGUUCAUCAGGUGAGUUUGUGGCUCAGGAGUUCUUCUACCCAUCCAGAACUCCAGACUUGGUCAGCGCUUUCCCCUUCCUCCAGGAAGACCUGUACUCUGCACCACAGCCUGCUCUGUUCCUGGUGGAUAACUAUCAUGAGGUGUACCUGUGGCAGGGCUGGUGGCCACAGGACACAGAAACGCCUGGCUCAGCCCGGAUCCGCUGGGAUGCUGACAGGAAAUGUGCCAUGGAGACAGUGCUCCGUUACUGCAAAGAAAAGAAUGAGCAGAAUCCUCAAAAGUCAUAUUUGAUCCAUGCUGGACUGGAGCCUCUUACUUUUACUAACAUGUUCCCCAGCUGGGAGCAUCGUGAGGAUAUCACAGAGGUCAUGGAGCAGGAGGCAGAGAUGUGUAACCAGAUCACUCUGGUGGAGGAUGUUCUUGCUCGUCUUUGCCAAAGCACUUAUCCUCUUGCAGCACUGCAGAGUCGGCCUCUUCCACACGGUGUAGACCCCCUGCGCCUUGAAAUCUACCUGUCAGAUGAGGACUUUGAGAAAGCCCUGGAGAUGAAGAGAGAGGAGUAUGAAGCCUUGCCAGGGUGGAAGCAAGUCAACCUAAAAAAAGCCAAAGGACUCUUUUAAUUGUCUAUCAGUAGUGAUGUUGAUGCUCUGUUUCUGUCACAGCUAGGGUGCAUUUGGGUGUGCACUUGGGUUGGGCGACCUCAGCUUGUCAUGGAAACGUUGCCUUUGGGAAUCAGUCACUAACAACAGGGUGAUGUGGGUCAUGCCAAAUGUCACGUUAGGUUUAACAGUGUUUACCUGCUGUGGUGUCCGUUUCUGAUGUUGAUGUGUUUUGUGUCUAUGCACUUUCAGCAGUCACCACUGUGUGUGAUAUCACAUUUAUAUGAACUGUGCUGUGCAGUAAGUUUCUGUACCAUCUUUGACAACAGCUGUUCUUUUCUCUUCUUAUUAUUAAAAUAAAGGUAAUCAAGUCUGGUUUUCCUGUCUUCCCAACUUUUCCUGGGAUAGUGCUGUGUGUGUGAGGAAAAAGUAGCCUAAUUUGUAGCAAGGGAGUGUACUCUCUUCUAAUUUUCAAGUUGCUAUUGUAUUUUCCAUCUGCAAUGGAGUUUACAAGUAUGUAAGUUCCUUUUACUGUGUGAAUGAUCUUUGGCUGUUGUCAGGCGAUCUCUCACAUUAAAGGUCCUGGAGUCAUUGCUUGUGCUUGUUAUAACACUAUGAAAUCUGUGAGGAGAAUUAAAAGCUGAAUUAAUGGAUGAAACACUGUAAAUGUACAGCAUAGUGCCUUGCUUUUGUGUACAGUUUAUAUACAGAAUGGACUCUAGUCUGUAUUUCAGAGACUUACUUUGUGAUAAAGGCAAUGGUAAUAAAGCAUAUUUACACUUAUCACCAUGAUAA